AUUUCUUUAUGUGAACACUGCGGUGGUGGUGGUGAUGAUGAUGCAGAGGAGAAGAAACAUGCCGAAGCUUAUCUAACACUUGUGCGACUCUUUGAAACGAUCCACAUUGACAAUAUGAAGAUUCUUAAAGCAUUGAUUUACGCUAAAGAUGAUCUACAUCCACUUCUUGAAGGCCUCACCAAGAAACGGGUUGGUGUUGAUGUUCUGAGGAGGAAAAAUGUGUUACUACUGAUAUCGGAUUUGGAUAUCUCCCAAGAAGAGCUUUCGAUUCUGGAGCAGAUGUACAAAGAAUCCCGAGACCAGCCAACAAGGCCAGAGUCUCAGUACGAAGUGGUUUGGCUCCCAGUGGUGGACAGAAAUUUUCCAUGGACACAAGAAAAACAAAAAGAGUUUGAUCGAUUGCAGUCGAGGAUGCCAUGGUACUCUGUGCACCACCCUUCUUUGAUCGAUCCAGCUGUGAUUAAAUACAUCCAAGAUGUGUGGCACUUCAACAAGAAGCCCAUCUUGGUGGUGUUAGAUCCACAAGGCAGGGUCGCCAACCCUAAUGCUCUCCACAUGAUGUGGAUCUGGGGAAGCCUUGCCUUCCCUUUCACUAGCAUGAGGGAGGAAGCCCUCUGGAGGGAGGAGACUUGGAGACUUGAACUCCUAGUUGAUGGCAUUGACCCACAGAUACUAAAUUGGAUAACCGAGGACAAAUUCAUCUGCUUAUAUGGAGGGGAAGACAUUGAUUGGAUAAGAAAAUUCACAAAGGCAGCAAAAGGGGUGGCCACGACUGCCCAUAUUCCAUUCGAGAUGGUGUACGUGGGGAAGAGCAAUCCAAGGGAUCGAGUGAAAAGGAACAACAACAUCAUCACCACAGAAAAGCUAAGCAAUUGCUGGCCUGACCUCACAUCCAUCUGGUUCUUCUGGAUCCGACUAGAGAGCAUGUGGCACUCUAAGAUGCAACAUGGGAAGACCAUCGAGAAUGAUCAUAUAAUGCAGGAGAUUGUGACCAUGCUCACCUUCGAUGGUAGCGAACAAGGAUGGGUACUGAUCAGUAAAGGAUCUGGUAACAUGGCCAAAGCCAAAGGUGACACGAUCCUGAGCUGCCUCCAACAGUUUGAUAAGUGGAAGGAUAACGUAGACAGAAUGGGUUUUCUGCCAGCAAUCCAUGAUUACCUGCAACAGCUGCACACCCCGAAUCACUGCAGUCGCCUCAUCUUACCGGGCACUGUUGGUCGGAUUCCAGAGAUGGUGGUUUGUGCCGAGUGUGGCCGACCUAUGGAGAAGUUCCUCAUGUAUCGUUGCUGUACCGAUUAGCUGCUCUCCAUUGGAUGCUACUACUAUGACAGAGACUAGGCUGUGGUACCUUAUAGUAUUGAUAUUGUGUGAAAGUAAUUAAUUUGAUUGUUAAGGGUUCCCUUGUGUGGUGAUUGUUUGAUCCAGGUUAAUUUUCCUUAUUUUUCUUCUUUCUAGUAAUUGUAUUAAUUACAGGAAAUCCUUAGGUGUGCUGUAAUAUUUAAUAGAAUAUUAAUAAUUAAUGAUACUUAUUUAGUAGUA